UGAAGUAGUAAUAACAAACACCACGUGCAUGGUUUCCAUCAUCAGCACCCCGGCUUGCCAGCGGCUCAGCAUCCCCACACAGCGGUCAGAGUGCGGCUGCGAGAGUAAAGCCAGCAGCUGAGACUCCAGCAGCGAACCCUAAAGCUUCUGCGCCUGCCUUGGUGGGACUGGCCCGCGUUUGGAGUCCGAGAAGAUGGCCGGGGCCGAGGCGAGGAUGAGCGGGGCCGGGAUCCAGCAGCAGCCCCAGCCCCCGGCGGUGGGAACGGCGGCGGCGGGAGACGAGUCCUCGGACAGCGAGGGGGAGCACGAGGGCCCCCAGAAACUCAUCCGGAAAGUGUCCACCUCGGGCCAGAUCCGCAGCAAGACAAGUAUAAAGGAAGGGCUACUAUUGAAGCAAACAAGUUCUUUUCAGAGGUGGAAAAAACGUUAUUUCAAACUUCGAGGCCGUACCCUUUACUAUGCCAAGGAUUCAAAGUCUCUAAUAUUUGAUGAAGUUGACCUGUCAGAUGCCAGUGUAGCUGAAUCGAGCACAAAAAAUGUCAACAACAGCUUCACGAUAAUCACUCCAUUCCGGAGGCUAAUACUGUGUGCUGAGAACAGAAAAGAGAUGGAGGACUGGAUCAGCUCACUGAAGUCUGUACAGUCUAGAGAACAUUAUGAGACCGCACAGUUUAAUGUGGAACAUUUCUCAGGGAUGCAUAACUGGUACGCCUGCUCCCAUGCCCGACCUACCUUCUGUAAUGUGUGCAGAGAGAGCCUCUCUGGAGUUACUUCUCAUGGCCUGUCUUGUGAAGUGUGUAAAUUUAAAGCACAUAAAAGGUGUGCAGUCAGGGCAACAAAUAAUUGCAAGUGGACUACGUUAGCCUCCAUUGGGAAAGAUAUCAUUGAGGAUGAAGAUGGUAUAGCUAUGCCUCACCAAUGGUUGGAGGGUAAUUUGCCUGUCAGUGCCAAAUGUGCUGUCUGCGACAAGACCUGUGGCAGCGUUUUACGCCUCCAAGAUUGGAAGUGCCUUUGGUGUAAAGCUAUGGUUCACACUGCCUGUAAAGAUCUGUAUCCUCGAAAAUGUCCGCUUGGACAAUGUAAGGUAUCCAUCAUACCUCCAACAGCACUCAACAGCAUAGAUUCUGAUGGAUUUUGGAAAGCCACAUGCCCGCCAUCCUGUGCCAGUCCUCUUUUAGUUUUUGUUAACUCAAAGAGUGGAGACAAUCAGGGAGUAAAGUUUCUUCGUCGAUUCAAACAGUCGCUAAAUCCAGCUCAGGUGUUUGAUUUAAUGAAUGGAGGACCUCAUUUAGGUUUGCGGUUAUUUCAGAAGUUUGACAAUUUCCGGAUUCUUGUAUGUGGUGGAGAUGGAAGCGUUGGUUGGGUUUUGUCAGAAAUUGAUAAACUCAGCUUGCACAAACAGGCAAGUUGUCAGCUGGGAGUGCUUCCCCUUGGUACUGGAAAUGAUCUUGCCCGUGUCCUUGGUUGGGGAGGGUCAUGUGAUGAUGACACACAACUUCCUCAGAUUUUGGAAAAGUUAGAACGAGCCAGCACUAAAAUGCUGGACAGAUGGAGUAUAAUGUCAUAUGAACUGAAAUUACCAUCAAAGCCAUCUAUUCUUCCAGUUACUCCAGAAGAGGAAUCUGAGGAAUGUCAGAUAUCUGCUUAUGAGGAUUCAGUUGCUGCUCAUCUCACAAAAAUCCUCAAUUCUGAUCAACACUCAGUUGUCAUAUCAUCUGCCAAGAUAUUAUGUGAAACCGUAAAGGACUUCGUAUCCAAAAUAGGGAAGACCUAUGAAAAAACAAUGGAAAAUGCAGAGGAAGCUGAUACCAUGGCCAUUAAAUGUUCAGAAUUAAAUGAGAAGCUAGACCUAUUGCUCCAGGCUCUUCACACCGAAGCCCAGGCUACUCCCAUCCUACCACGGAUCACUCCCCCCAUUGUAGAGGAAGAAGUUGAGGAGUUUUCAAGUGAAGAAUCCUUGUCUGAAAGCAAGGAACAGUUAACAGAGAGCAUUGCAAAGUCUUCCACUCAGAAAAUCUUCAAACCAAGAGAACAGUUAAUGCUGCGGGCAAACAGUUUAAAGAAAGCAGUGAGGCAAAUCAUUGAACAAGCAGAAAAAGUUGUGGAUGAACAGAAUGCUCAUACUGAAGAACAAGUGAACCAAUCCCCUGUAGAAUAUAGUAAGGAAUUGGAUGAAUCCAAAGAAGAAGAAAAAGAGGAAGAUACAAAGGAAUACGAAUGUCAGACAAUUAAAGCUGCACCAAAAUCUCCAGAUCGACAUACAAGUCGGGGCAUCCCCUCUCAUACUGGCUCUUUCUCUGCCCCAGCUGUGGCAGCCGGUAAAGAAAACCUCCCUGUACUUAACACCAGGAUAAUCUGCCCAGGUUUAAGAGCUGGAUUAGCUGCCUCUAUUGCGGGGAGUUCAAUUAUCAGCAAAAUGUUACUUUCAAACAUUGAUCCAUUUGGUGCUACUCCAUUUAUUGACCCUGAUCCAGAUUCACUGGAAGGAUAUUCAGAAAAAUGUGUCAUGAACAACUACUUUGGAAUUGGAUUAGAUGCAAAAAUUUCAUUAGAAUUUAAUAAUAAACGAGAGGAACACCCUGAAAAGUGCCGAAGCCGGACGAAGAACAUGAUGUGGUAUGGGGUGCUUGGUACCAAAGAGUUACUGCAAAGAACCUAUAAGAACUUAGAACAAAAAGUUCAGCUUGAGUGUGAUGGACAAUACAUCCCCCUCCCCAGUCUUCAAGGCAUAGCUGUGCUAAACAUUCCAAGCUAUGCUGGUGGGACUAAUUUCUGGGGUGGAACCAAAGAGGAUGAUAUAUUUGGGGCACCAUCAUUUGAUGACAAAAUCUUAGAAGUUGUUGCGGUAUUUGGCAGCAUGCAGAUGGCAGUUUCAAGAGUCAUCAAAUUGCAGCACCACAGAAUAGCUCAGUGUCGGUCAGUAAAGAUCACCAUACUUGGAGAUGAAGGGGUACCAGUGCAAGUAGAUGGAGAGGCAUGGAUCCAGCCCCCAGGAGUUAUUAAAAUUGUACAUAAAAACAGAGCUCAGAUGCUAACACGAGACAGAGCUUUUGAAAAUACCCUAAAGUCUUGGGAAGACAAACAGAAGUAUGAUUCCUGCAAACCUGUCCUUCGAUCUCACUUGUACCCUCAACAGGCUGUUGAGUUGGCUAUGGAAGAAGAAGUUGCACAGAUCCAGCUGUGUUCACAAGCUGCAGAAGAACUUAUUACCAGAAUCUGUGAAGCAGCAAAAAUACACAGCCUGUUGGAACAGGAGCUGGCUCAUGCUGUCAAUGCGUGUUCACAUGCAUUAAAUAAAGCCAAUCCAAGGUUUCCUGAGAGUCUUACCAGAAAUACUGCCAUUGAAAUUGCUGUCAAUGUGAAGGCACUACAUAAUGAAACUGAAUCUCUACUAGUAGGAAGGGUUCCUUUGCAACUGGAUCCCCCCCAUGAAGAGCUGCUGUCUGAUGCAUUACACAGUGUGGAGACUGAACUGAGAAAACUUGCUGAGAUUCCAUGGCUUUAUUAUGUUUUCCAACCAAAUGAUGAUGAGGAUCCCCCUCUGGAUUAUUCUAAGAGAAACAACAGAAGUACAGUAUUUCGCAUAGUGCCAAAGUUUAAAAAGGAAAAAGUCCAAAAGCAUAAGAGCAGCCCUCAGCCUGUUCAAAAAUGGGGCACAGAUGAAGUUGCUGCUUGGCUGGAUCUGCUCAGUUUGGGAGAGUACAAAGAAAUCUUCAUCAGCCAUGACAUCCGAGGCUCUGAGCUUUUACACCUGGAAAGGCGAGAUCUUAAGGACCUGGGGAUAACGAAAGUGGGUCAUAUGAAGCGAAUUCUCCAGGGAAUUAAAGAGGUUGGCAAGAACGCUCCCUUGUCUGAAGUGUAACAAUACUGGUGCUAUCCUUGUAAGGAGGGAGAAUUGCUAGUUAGCAAAGUGGAGGCACUUUGCUGUCUUUGUAGUUUACUAUAUGGUUGAAUAAGCACUGGUGUACUAUGCAGGUUAAUAUAUCUGCAUUCUUGUG